AUGGGGAAGUUUAGUUAUUUUUUAGGCUUGGAAGCUUCAUAUUUGUCUAUAGGUAGUGUUCACAUUUCACAAACCAAAUAUGCAUCUGAAUUACUUAAGAGAGCUGGAAUGGAGACUGCGAAUUCGAUGCCUACUCCAAUGAUGUCCAACACAAAGCUUUCAGCUCAUUACUCGGAACCUUUUCAUGAUCCCAAACUGUACAGAUCAAUAGUUGGUGCACUUCAAUAUCUCACAAUGACAAGACCAGAUAUUGCCUUUGCUGUUAACAGAGUAUCUCAGUUUAUGCAUCAACCAACAUUGCUGCAUUGGAAGAGUGUAAAAAGAAUUCUGAGAUAUGUGAAAGGUACAGUAGAUCAUGGAUUAUUAUUUUCUAAAUCUACUGAUUUUAGGUUGUUGGCUUUUUCAGAUGCUGAUUGGGGUGGAGAUCUAGAUGAUAGAAAAUCAAUCACUGGAUUUUGUGUUUAUCUUGGAUGCAAUCUGAUCUCAUGGAAGAGUAACAAGCAGACAAAGGUGAGCAGGAGCAGUACUGAAGCAGAAUAUAGGACAAUGUGUGCUGCACAAACUGAGCUAAUGUCCAUACAGCAGCUUUUGGGAGAGCUUCGAAUCCCACAACCUAUGUCACCAACCAUCUUUUGUGACAAUCAGAGUGCCUGUUUAUUGGCUGUAAAUCCAGUUUUGCAUAGUAGAUCGGCCCAAAAUAUUGAACUGAAAGAAUAUAAUAGUGAUAACGAGGAGGAAUUUAAAAGUAACUAUGAGAUCGUUAGUUCAGGUGAAGACGAAGAUGAAGCUGAUAGCACCAUGAAUGCAGAUGUGGCAGAGAUUGUAUAUGCACUAGCAAACUAA